UGUUGCGAAACAACAACAAACUCUCCCCCUCAUAAGAUCGAAAGUACACAUAGAUCAAACGUUGUUUUUCCGGUAUUCGUCAUGUUUUAGUUCAGUAUCUGAACAAUAGCAAAUGAUUAGCGUUUCGAGGUCGAGAUUAGUAGAGCCAAGUAAACUAAGGAACGGAGAAGAAUCGCGUUACGCUGGAAAGAGUGAGCCUUCCAAAAAGGGAGAUGCUGGCAGUCGCUACUUCGGCUAGCCACUCGUCCAAGACUGUCAUAGCCUUAGUUCCAGUGCUAUGCAAAGGCUCAGCGAGGACGCAUUAUAACUUCGGUCAUCGACGACGGAAGAUUGGUGCCUUCAAGAUGCUUUGGUCUGGUUUCCUCAUGACUGGAACUUUGACUAUCUUAUAUUUGAAACUGGAUUAUUUCAAACAAAUUGCACCGAUGGCAGCGCCUGAGGACACUCCAAGCAACAGUCUACAAAAAUAGAAAGAUCCACUAUCCAAUUAGCCUCUUCAUGAGCGACUUUUAGUAAUGGACUGGAAAAGUUUUAUUGAUCCACCAUUUUCUCAGAUAGAUUAGUAGAUAAGACGCGCUUCAGAACUUCUUAUGCAGGCAGUGUGAUUCUAAAAAUGUCGUACAAAGAAAACGAUUUAGGGUACAACUUUUUGACGAUCCAGUAAACGACAGAUAUUGAUGAGAUGGCUACCGAGAGCGAAAAUCGCUUUGUCGUAAAGCGUGCCGAAGCUCUAGAGGUAGGCUGUCGUCUUGUGCAAGCUUUAUGUCGUUUAGUAGUUUUUAUUAGCUACUACUGUGUAUUACGGGGAGAACCGUUCCCGACGCUGUCACCAUCGGAGAAGCAUGAAACAGAAGCGAUUUUCACAUCUCAUAUUAGGACUGAAUUAGAAUCUGCGAGGCAGCAGCUAUCGACAUUAAUUAACGGUAGCCCUCAUUCAAUCCCCACGUUGAUGAUGGUAUUAUCUUUACUGACGAUCUUACUGGCGAUCGCUCUCGUUUCAACAUCCUCUACCUCGUUGUGUGGUUCGUACACACAGGCUAAAGAAGUGCUGCUUUAUACAAUGCUAUUACUCGCAUUGAGUCCAGUAAUUCGCAGUCUGGCGGAAACCGUUUCGACCGACACCGUCUACGCAUUAUCGUCUUUGCUGUCUAUAUUGCAUCUGCUCGUGGCGGAUUAUUCUCUACCGUCAAAACGCAGUGAAAUCACCAACGGUUAUAAUAAUGGUGUCACAAAUGGAGACGGCAGUGGAAUACCUAAGUAUUCACCACUCUCCGGGGGCAUUUCUGUAUCGUUGAACUCGCAAAUCUUAUCUUCUGUUUGUUUGGCCUCGAGGCUCCAAUCGAAUGGCGCAGUAUUUUGCUUGAUGUGCGCCGCAGCUCUCCUGUUUGUCGUCGCUGCUAACAUUUCAAAAAGCCUCACCUUUCAGCACUUCGUAACACUCUUACAUAUUUUGGGAGCGACUUGUGCACUGGGCGCUUUAGCACCGCCGACGGCUCUCUUCGCUGUAUGGGCAGGGGCGGUAAUCGCAGUGGGCAUCGUUCUGCCUCAGUUAUUCGUACAUCUACAAAAGCUUAAACAAGUAGCAAGUGGGCCUUGGGACGAAGCCGUGCCCACAAUAGGUGGGGGACCGCUUUUGGGCACACUGUCGUAAAUCGCGGAAAAUGAGAUCUAUGCUAGCUGGUAUUUACUUAUAGUUGCAGCCGAUAUUGCGUGGAAAUAAAAUUGUACAGUCUUCAGCUAUCCGGUUAAUUAUAAGCGUUUUCCGUACCAAAACAUAGUUAUGCAUGAAUCAUGCAUACCUACUUAUGGAUCUCAGUAAUGCAUGUCUGCAUUAACGAUUUUCCAAAAUGGGGAACUACAUAUAAUAUCCUCUGAUUUAAUAUAAAAUAAUAUACAUAUUGCACAACGUCUAUAGAAAUCCGCUGUCAAGUGGCAUGGUUUAGACAGCUACUGUGCAUCCUUUGAGUGUAUUACCAUUAUAAGCAUAACUAAGAGAAGCUGUAACGCCGAUUUAACUCUCAGCGUUGGCAAAAAUCAUUGCCAGAUAUGCACAGUCAAGAAACAAAUAAUGGAAAAGUGAGGGCCGAAAGGACAAUAAAAAAUUAAGAAUUAUUAUUAAGGUUAAUAGCCA